AUGGCUAGAUCGAAAGUUGUUGCUGUUGCAUUCUUGGCUCUGCUCUGCCUCAAGCUCUCUGCUGCUAGGUCUAUAGCCUAUGGUAGUGGAGGAGGAGGAGGUGGAGGCAGCGGAGGGGGAGGGGGAGGAGGCUUGGGCAAUGGCUCUGGAUAUGGUUCCGGCUAUGGCUCAGGUUACGGUUCAGGGAGUGGUUCUGACUACGGUGGAGCACAAGGAAGAGGAUAUGGAAGUGGUGGGGGUGGGGGUGGUGGAGGUGGCUCUGGAUAUGGGUUGGGAUCAGGUAGUGGUUCAGGCUACGGAUCCGGAAGUGGAAGCGGCUCCGGUUAUGGAUCUGGAGUAGCUGCAGGUGGUGGUGGAUUUGGAAGAGGGGGUGGUGGUGGUGGAGGUGGGGGUUCUGGGCGUGGAACUGGAAAUGGUAGUGGUUACGGUUCUGGUUAUGGUUCUGGAGGUGGAAGUGGAUAUGGUGUUGGAGGAGCUACAGGUGGAAGUGGUUAUGGAAGGGGUGGAGGAGGUGGUGGUGGAGGUGGCUAUGGCAAUGGAAAUGGUAGUGGAUCUGGCUAUGGUUCGGGAAGUGGUAGUGGAUCUGGCUAUGGCGUUGGCGGAGGUGCAGAUGGAGGCUAUGGCAGUGGUCAGGGAGGAGGAGGUGGUGGUGGUGGAGGUUCUGGAAAUGGUUCGGGCUAUGGGAGUGGUUCUGGAUACGGUUCUGGUUAUGGGUCUGGCUAUGGUGGUGGACGUGGCCAAUACCCUUAG